AUGCAGCAGUUCGGACCAUUCUCCAGGCCCUUGAUGGCCCUGACCUGGCGAAAGCCCGGGAGUUGCUUUCCGCAGAACUGCCGUCCCUCAAAGUUUCAAGGUAUGGCAGAGUUGUUGCCAGCUGGAUUGAUACAGAGGGCAGGAAGAGUGCUGCCUAUGGCAGGGCCGCCUGAGGCGGGAUCUGCGGCCAAAGGCCAUCUUCCAGCCAUAAGUCACCCCAUGCAGGUCCAAUACACGGCCUACAUACCCAUCAUUGUGGGUGCGGAAGACUACAUUACAUUGCAGACAAGUAUGCGUGGUCAAGGUUCGCAGAGAGACGAUCUUGACUUGACUGAUUGGUUGAAGCCCAAACCUACAGGGGGCAGGCUCUAG